AUGCCUGGUGUCCCAGCACCAUUUCCUACCGAGAUAUGGCUGCGUAUAUUCGGCUAUCUUAUUCGCAGUGGCCUCCUUCCCAACGAGGAGGCCUCGUUUUCCGAACAGUUGCGGAUUUUCUCGCAGGCAGACGCAGCGCGUCGCUUAUCAAUAUUGAACAAUGUCCUCAGUUUGAAGAUCUCUCUUGUAUGCCGCCACUUUUAUCAAAUUGUCAGCCAUGAUUCGGAGAAUCUGGUCCUCGAGGACGACCACGGUUCCUUUUGGAAAAGGAGUAAUCAUACACUCUUGCAGACAAAGUGGUUAUGCCUCGGUCCCAGGUUCCCAAAAUCUCACAAGGAGCUCUUGUGGCCAUCGCUCGAAGUUCUGAGAACAGACGCCGUUCAGAACUCAGUGGAGAUUGAUCCACUUCUAAACCAGGCUCCACGUCUCAAAGCCUUAUCUUUUAUGAUUCACUUAAAUGUCCACAAUCACCCCUUCUCUCAUCCAAUUUUCCAUCAGCUCACCCAUCUUGCCCUCGCUCUUGUCAUUCACCGUCCGUUAGGGCCGGUAGAAUUUCCCUCUAUUCAAUUUCUUCAAAUCGACUUUGAGAGCUCCAUCAGCCUCGCUGACAAUGAAGAAACCCUCCCGUGGCGAUUACCAUCUCUCCGGUCCCUUGUCCUCCAAGGAAGACUCCGAGAGCCCUCAUACCAAGGUCUCUUUCCGUUCUUUCAGCGACACAGUUCAACACUUGCGUGCCUUCUCAGCACUCUUGGAGUCAGUCGCGAAGGACGGCGGGUUCACCCCGCAUUGUUGCGACAUUUCCCUCAUCUCGAGAUAUACGGUGUCAAUACAUAUGCCCUCAUACUCGGACAGCUAGCAACGCCGGUAUCCGAGCACGUGGACACCGACGUGGACACCGACGUGGAUCCUCGACCCAUUACAGUUCUCACUACGGGAAUGAGUUUGGCCGAGGUUCACUCGCUUCCAAGGAUCUUUGCAGAGCAACUUCGACUCUGCGUGGCUACUCAGGGCACCCGCUACGUCGAUCGGCUUAUGCUAUCAGAUUCCUGGAGCGAGCUCAGAGAGGCUAUUGGAGGAGUUAAAGAUACCGCAGCCGCAAUAUCAAGAAAUAUGGAGAGAUUUAGGUAUUUGAACUCGAUCGAUAUCCGCGUUUUCGAUCGUCUCGGUGAAGAGCUUGGCAAAGAAAUGUUGGCUAACGAUCAUUUUCUCGAUUUGGAUGGAGCAUAUCACCUUGAGGAGCCUGCGGAGGACAUAAUAGCAUGGGGUUCCGAUGAUGAAUUAAAGGAAUCUAUGGUAAGUCGCGAUUUAAGCACAGAAACAUUGGGUUAUGAUGGGAAUAUGACACAGGCAAAGCCAGCUCGCAAGUCAAACACAUUCAAGCGACUGAAGGAAUUGCUCGGAGGCAUGUAA